AUGGCGCUCUCCGCCCAGAACCAGUCCACGUCGUUCGUUAACUUGUACUACUCGAUGGUCCAGCGCGCGGCGACGCGCUACUUUAAGGAAUAUUACAAUUCCGAUACCGGCGCGCCGUACGUGCUGUACAAGGACAACAUGGAUCGGCCCCAGGGUCAGUGGGGCCCGGGGCCGGGGUCCGUCCAGGACGGGAGCCUGUACGGUCAGCAACAGCAGCAGCAGCAGCAGCAGGGAUCCUCCUCGUCGGGGAGUCCGCAGCAGGCCUGCGGCCCCCCGGUCGAGGGGGGCGAGAGCGGCCCCGCGCCCUCGAUGGCGUCGCCGGUGCCCUCGCCGUACCCCUCGUCGGCCCAGGAUUCGCAAGCCCUGAGUCCCCAGGACGAGGACAUCCAGUCCGGGCAGCAGGCGGCGGCCCAGCAGCAGCAGCAGCAGCAACAGCAGCAGCAGCAGCAGCAACAACAACAGCAGCAGCAGCAGCAGCAGCAGCAACAACAGCAAGCUCAGCAGCAGGUGCAACAGCAGCAGCAGCAACAGGUGCAGCAGCAGCAGGACCACUCGCCCCAGCAGCAGCUGACCCCCCACGAGGUGGACCGCGGAGAGUGCUUCCCGGGCGACCUGCAGCAGUACCCCCAGCACUACUUCAAGGAGGCCAGGCCGCACCCCUCCCCGUCGGUGCCCCCCCACAUGCUGACCCCCGGGGGAUUCUCGGCGCUGCACUACCUGAAGCAACCCGGAGUGAUGCUGACCUCGCUGGGCCAGGGCGACGGGGGGCCCGGCCUCGAGGCGCACCAGUACGCCGGGCCCGGGCCCGGCAACAUGGCCGCCGGGCUGCCCGACAUCGUCCAGCAGAGCGGCAAGCCCUCCAAGCCCGCCAACAGCGACCUGCGACUGUUCAAGUGCUUGACCUGCGGGAAAGACUUUAAGCAGAAGUCGACCUUGCUCCAGCACGAGCGGAUCCAUACGGACAGUAGGCCCUACGGGUGCCCGGAGUGCGGCAAGCGGUUCAGGCAACAAUCCCACCUUACCCAGCACCUGCGCAUACACGCUAACGAGAAGCCCUACGCUUGCGUGUACUGCGAGCGCACCUUCCGUCAGCGCGCCAUCCUCAACCAGCAUCUGCGCAUCCACUCGGGUGAGAAGCCAUACCAAUGUCCGGAGUGCGGAAAACACUUCCGUCAGAAGGCGAUCCUGAAUCAGCACGUCCGCACACACCAAGACGUGAGCCCGCACCUGAUCUUCAAGAACGGGAUGACGCCGACGCUGUGGCCGCAGGACGUGCCGUUCCCGCCGGAGGAGGGGAAGGAGGAGGUGGCCUCCACCUUCGGGGACACGGACACGCAGUCGGGAGCGUUCAGUCCGGCCCCGGACGCGAACUCGAUCCAGUACCCCGCGUACUUCAAGGACCCGAAGGGGGGCAACCACGCGGUCUUCGGGGCGGGGGGCUCGGGGACGUUCGGCGCCCUGCAGUACAUAAAGCAGCAGGGGGCAGGAAAGGGCUGUCUGCCGGACGUGAUCCAGCACGGCCGCUCGGCGGGCAUGCCGCUCUACGUGCGCUGUCCCAUCUGCCAGAAGGAGUUCAAGCAGAAGUCGACGCUCCUGCAGCACGGCUGCAUCCACAUCGAGUCGAGGCCCUACCCCUGUCCCGAGUGCGGCAAGCGGUUCCGCCAGCAGUCCCACCUGACCCAGCACCUGCGCAUCCACACGAACGAGAAGCCCUACGGCUGCGUCUACUGCGGCCGGAACUUCCGGCAGCGCACCAUCCUGAACCAGCACCUGCGCAUCCACACGGGGGAGAAGCCCUACAAGUGCCAGCAGUGCGGCAAGGACUUCCGGCAGAAAGCCAUCCUGGACCAGCACACGAGGACCCACCAGGGGGACCGGCCCUUCUGCUGCCCCAUGCCCAACUGCAGGCGCAGGUUCGCCACCGAGCCCGAGGUCAAGAAGCACAUCGACAACCACAUGAACCCCCACGCGGCCAAGGUGCGCCGCAACUCCACCGGGGACUCGAAGCCCCCGGGGGCGGGCGCCACCCUGGGCCCCGUGCCCGUGCCCCGGGGCCUCACCCCCGCCGUGGUCAAGCCCGAGCUGUACUUCCCGCAGUGCUACGCCCCGGCCUUCAACCACCAGCCCCCGGUGUCCAGUGCCCAGUUCCCGGGGCAGGCCAACGGCGUGGCGGUGGCCGCGGAGUUCAAGCCGCCGACCGGACUGCCGCCUCAGUGACUAACCGUCCACCCUGCAGCCUAUUAGCCAGCAGGAAUUCCCCUGAGGUUCCAGCGCUGCCUCGGCUACGCCCUGGGACCCGCCGCCGACCCGGCCCACCGCCGCUACCAGUGAUCGGCUCCAUCCCCCGCAGCGAUCGCAGUUCCUACUU